AUGGCGCAAGUCAAUUGUGGCUGUUGUGUGUACAUUGGAAAUAUUUUACAAUAUCUGCCCCAGGUCUCCCUCAAAGCCCAUGCAACCAUCUUCUCUACCGCAGCUCGUACCACGUUGACACAAACCUUUGUCAACCCUUCCAACUGUAUCCUGGAAGAGGCUUCCUACAGAUUCCCUCUCUACGAUGGCGUCAGUGUUGUCGGUUUCAAGUGCCAUGUCGGCACUCGCCUUCUUCACAGCAAAGUCAAAUCCAAGGAACAGGCUAACACUGACUACCAAAACGCUGUGGAUAGAAACGAGUCAGCUGCCAUCAUGGAUCAAUCUUACACUGAAAGCGACGUCUUCACCAUCCGCCUGGGUAAUGUUCCAGCCAGCGAGAAAGUGACUUUGGAAAUUACCUUUAUUGGAGAACUCAAGCAGGAUGCACAAGUCGACGGAAUCCGUUACACAUUGCCUAACUCCAUUGCCCCUCGGUAUCAAAACGUGAUGACCAUGCCAACCUCCGAGCAAGCCUCUGGCUUUCCAGCUCAGUUGGAAGGAAUUUCUAUCACGGCUGAUAUCCAGCUGGAAAAAACAUCAGUCAUCCGAGAACUUCAAUCCCCAAGCCACUCCCCCAGAGUCUCCCUUGGUAGAGUCUCCUCUACCGCACCAGAUGCCCGUGGGUUUGAGCCCUCUCAGGCCUCUGCUACCCUGCGUUUAGACAACAAGUGCCAAGCUCUACUGGUACGCGACUUUGUCCUAGUUGCCAAAGCUGAUGGACUUGAUAAUCCUCGCGCGCUUCUCGAAUCUCACUCGACGAUUCCAGGCCAGCGAGCCUUGAUGGCUACGCUGGUACCCAAAUUCAGUUUACCACCUUCAAAGCCGGAGAUAGUUUUCGUGAUUGAUCGAAGUGCGAGCAUGGAAGACAAUAUCAGCACUUUGAAAAAUGCGCUCCAGGUUUUCCUAAAAUCUUUGCCUCUUGGGGUGUGCUUCAAUAUUUGCUCCUUUGGAACAGGGUAUUCAUUUCUAUGGCCCGGCAGCAAAGCAUAUGACAAAUCAAGCCUCCAGGAGGCUCUUUCCCUGGUUGAUAGUAUUGGCGCUGAUAUGGGAGGUACGAACAUGCAGCCGGCCGUGGAGGCUACCUUGCAAAAUCGCCUUCCAGGGAAAGACUUAGAAGUUUUAUUGCUUACUGAUGGCGCGAUAAUGGACCAAGAUUCACUUUUUCAAAUUGUUCGAGAGACUUCUAACCGUCAUAACGCUCGCUUCUUCACUCUGGGUAUCGGUCAUGCAGCAUCCCACGCCCUGAUCGAAGGUGUUGCUCGGGCUGGCCAGGGAUUUUCUCAGUCGGUACUCCAGAACGAAGAGCUAGACAAAAGUAUCGUCCGGAUGCUCAAGGGAGCUCUCACCCCUCAUAUCUACGACUACAAACUGGAGGUUGACUACGAUAACACGGUGGAUCAAGAUUAUGAACUUGUCAAUCCUGUCAGCCCUUCCCCGACCGAAGUGACAGUCACCAGUGGUGCUGACGAGCCUGCUGCGCCGCCCAUUUCCCUCUUCAGCGAUGAUUUUAAGGAGCCAGAGUCAAUUUCGGAUCUUGAAGGAGCUUUUGCGGACACACUUCCCGUGUUCUCCUCACCCAAGGUCAUCCAAGCCCCACACAAGAUCCCUCCCCUUUACCCAUUCAUCAGAACAACCGCAUAUCUCCUCCUGGAUCCCGAAUCUGACAGAAUCCCUCGUUCUCUUAUAUUCACCGCCACAUCCCAACAGGGCCCUCUGUGCUUGCGGAUUCCCAUAACUGAUAUUGGGAAAGGAGAGACGAUUCACCAGCUUGCAUCUCGCAAAGCCGUCGUUGAACUCGAAGAGCGACACGGCUGGCUGGAAAACAUGAAAGAUGCCAGUGGCAACCCAUUUAAUCAGCUCCAUUCACAAACUCAGAAGGAGAUCGUAGCUCGUGAGUGUCAGGACCUUGGUAUCAAGUACCAGAUCACGGGCAAGUACUGUUCCUUCGUUGCUUUGGAAAACGACCCUGAUCUGGCCAAGGGGUCUGGAAACCAAGAGCCAAAGGAAUAUAAGGCAGGGACAAUGCGAGUCCCCGUUGCUUCUAGAUGGAGCGGGUUUGGCCAUGCUACCAUGAUGUGUGCUCAAGGAACCCCCUUACCUGAUGAAGAAUUUGAGGACGAAGAAUUUGAGUCCUCAACAAGCACUAGCACUCGGCCAGGUGGAUUGUUUGGAUCUACUGGCCACCAUCCUGCAAUGGCAACACCGCAUAUGGCUCUAUCCAGUGUGAGCACAGGUCCUUCUUCAGGUGGACUUUUCGGAAAUACCCGAUCCACUCCAGCAUCUUCAAUACCUCCACCACCACCUGGGCGCAUGCAGAUGCAGCACGCGCAAAUGGCAGUAUCGAGCGGGACUACGUUUGGCCAAGCUUCAACAUACAGUGCUCCCAUGGGAUACUAUGCCCGCAACUCUCCAAGAGCACCAGCAACAGGUAGAGGCAUGUUCGGCCAGACGACAGCAAGCGCUGAUUCCUCUUCAGGUGGACUUUUUGGAUCAGUUCAACACCCUCCACCGCCACCACCAACUCAGCAGAAACCACACAAGAAGACCAGCAGGUUUGGGCGCGGUGUAGCACCUACCUCAGGCUCGCCAAAUGAGCCUUCGUUCGGUCAACCUGCCUCCUCGCCAACCGCAGCAGGUCUUUUUGGGAACGCCCAGACAUCCGCACCUGAGCCCCCCAGUUCAAAGGUGCAUUCUUUGAUUGCAUUACAGACCUUUGAGGGAAGCUGGGUUUGGAAUCAGCAGUUUUUUGAUGUCAUGGAAGAUGGUAUGAAUGAGACCUGCGACAAAGUUACUGCUCUACUACAGACCUUUGGCAAACAAGAUCCCUUUACGGACCGAGAGAAGAAUGUUGUCGCUACCAUGCUGGCCAUGGAAAAGCUGAAGAGAGAUCAUCAGGACUCUGAGGAUCUGUGGGAACUUGUCUUCCAGAAGGCUCAAACUUGGGUCUCGAAUGAACUGGCAGAGAUGCAAAGUCCAGUCUUUGGGGACAUCGCAAGCUGGGUGUCGAGGAUCUAA